AUCCAGCAACUAUAGUUGUGGUCGUUGAGGUGCUUAAGCCACCACCCCACAUGAAUCUCAUCUCAAUUAUAAAUCACAAAAUCUUCAUCAUCAACAACUAGUUUGUGUUCUUAACAUCAUCAUGGCUUCCACUACUCUAUCCCCUGCAACCCCUUCGCAACUAUGUUCUGGAAAGAGUGGGAUCUUCUGUCCCUCCAAAGCACUGCUUGUGAAGCCAGUGAGGAACCAGAUGAUGGGGAAGGCUAAGGGAAUGAGAAUCACUUGCCAAGCCACUAGCAUUUCUCCAGAUAGAGUUCCAGACAUGGGCAAAAGAGAGCUCAUGAACCUGCUUCUUCUUGGUGCUAUUUCACUCCCUAGUGCUGGAAUGCUUAUACCAUAUGCCACUUUCUUUGCCCCUCCAGGGGCAGGAUCUUCUACUGGUGGUACUGUUGCCAAGGAUGCUGUUGGAAAUGAUGUAAUUGCAGAGCAAUGGCUCAAGACACAUGCCCCUGGGGACCGUACACUUACACAAGGAUUGAAGGGAGAUCCUACCUACCUUGUGGUGGAGAAAGACGGAACACUUGCAACAUAUGGGAUUAAUGCGGUGUGCACUCACCUUGGGUGUGUUGUGCCAUGGAAUAGAGCUGAGAACAGGUUCAUUUGCCCCUGCCAUGGUUCCCAGUACAAUGACCAAGGAAGAGUUGUGAGAGGACCUGCUCCCCUGUCUCUGGCAUUGGCACAUUGUGAUUUGGAUGAUGGAAAGGUGGUGUUUGUUCCUUGGGUUGAAACAGAUUUCAGAACAGGUGACGCUCCAUGGUGGGCUUAGACUUCUUCAAGCUGUCCCUCCACUUUCUAUAUUUAAUUUGAAAUCAAACAGUUUGUUCUUUAUUAAUUCGUAAACACAUUCUAUAAUCAAAUUUAUAUUUUGUGAAUUGAAAGUUUGUAUAACAUGAACAAGAACCUAAAUUGA